AGCUCCACCUUUUCCUCACCUCGACGCAACAGCUCCGUCCAGUCCUACCAACAUCAAACAGACGUUCACCAUGAACGGCGACGGCUAUUCCAGAGACGAACGCCCAGCUCGCUCAAGGAACUACUCCUCGCGCGACGACCGCCGCGAUCGAGACCGGGACCGUAACCGCCGCCGCUCGAGGUCCCCCCACCGAGGCUCCCGCCGCAACGACUAUGAGGUCGAUACCUAUUCAUCCAGCCGAGACUUCCACGCCCGCGAGCGCGACGAUACCUAUGCGAGGCGCGAGCGGCGCGAUGAUCGAGGAUGGGGAGGAGGCGAUUCGUACUCGAGACGCGACUCGCGACGCGAUGAUGACCGUGGCCUUGGUCGGCGUGAUAGAGACACACACGACGAGCGCGGUGGCAGGGGUGGCCGCCGAGACCGCGAUCGGGGUGACAGGGACGGAGGACAUGGUGGCGGACGAGAUCGCGGCGGACGGGACAAUACUCCGCCAUUCAAGAAGCGCGAGAAAACCCCAGACCUGACGGAUAUGCCCUCCAUCAUCGGUCGUCAGCGCCGCAUGACCCAGUGGGAUAUCAAGCCUGCCGGAUACGACAACAUCACGGCGGAACAGUCCAAGCUGUCGGGCAUGUUCCCCCUCCCUGGGGCCCCGCGUGCCGCAGCAAUGGACCCCUCCCGCCUCGCCGCAUUCAUGAACCAGCCGUCCGGCUCAGCUUCUAACAACUCUCUGAAGCCUGGUCAUGGCCGGCAAGCCAAGCGUCUGUUUGUGCACAACAUCCCGCCGUCUGCCACCUCGGACUCAAUCGCCGAGUACUUCAACCUCAAUUUGAAUGGCCUCAACGUUGUCUCUGCCACUGACCCCUGCAUCUCCGCCCAGCUUGCUCAUGACCGGAGCUAUGCCCUCCUUGAAUUCAAGGCCCCUGAAGAUGCCACUAUGGCACUUGCGUUAGAUGGUUCCCACAUGGAGGGUGACGACGCAUCGAACGGACAACCAGACCGAGAAGGGCUUUCCAUCCGCCGCCCCAAGGACUACAUUGUUCCAGCAUCCACCGACGACGAUUAUGUGGAAGGCCAGGUGUCAAACAUUGUCAAGGAUAGUCCGAAUAAAGUCAGCGUCAGCAACAUCCCCACUACUGUAGACGAAGAGAGUUUACAGGAGCUGCUUGCGACUAUGGGUCCGCUGAAAUCCUUUGUCACGGUUCAGGACACUUCCUCAGGGGAAUUCCGGGGCAUUGCAUUCUGCGAGUAUGUCCAGGGCGAUAACACCACUGAGAUCAUUGAAGCACUGAACCAGCUCGCCCUCGGUGAUGGCAAUCUCAAGGUCCAACGCGCUAGUAUUGGCUUCACUCAGGCCGCAGGACUCGAGGCGGGCGUGAAUGGCAUGACCUUGCUAGCGCGAUCCGAGACUCAAAAUGACGAAACUAUCAUUAGCCGCGUCAUUUGUAUGCUAAAUAUGAUCACGCAAGACGAGGUCAUGGACAGGGACGCCUACGAAGAAAUCAAGGAGGACGUCGAAGAGGAGUGCUCCAAGUAUGGCAAGAUCCUCGAUAUUAAGAUGCCACGCCCGACUGGUGGUUCUCGCAUGGGUCCUGGUGUCGGCAAGAUCUAUAUCAAGUACGAUAAUGUCGAAUCGGGCCAGAAGGCUAUGAAGGCGCUUGCUGGACGCAAAUUUUCCGACCGCACGGUCGUCGUUACGUUCUUCUCAGAGGAGCUGUUCGAUGUUAAUGGAUGGUAAGUACGUCAUGCACAUAUAUGGCUCACUUCCCUACCUACUCGUGGUGCUGUGAUUAGGAUAGCUCGAAGAGAUGGGUUACUGGAGUGGAGAUGUGACUGGGCUACGAUUCCGGAUUUGCUUGGUGGAAGUGGAUGGAUGCGAUUCCUACAAAAUGGUGUCUAGCAUGGCGUCAUGUGGUUUUUAAUCUGUAGGACUUGAUCCUACUACGUGUAAAUUAGUUGUCCGUGGUUGGUCGGAUGGAUGCACUCAUCCAAGGAAAUUGGCACUGAUUGAAUAGCUUCGGUGGGGGCGGACUUGUCAAAAUUACAUGCACGCUUACCACGCAUAUUUACU